CGUGGCAUCACACCUAUCACGCCACGUCACUAUCUCUACCCUCUUCUCUCUUAUAUUAUACAUCAAAGCCUUCUCGCAUUGAUCAUCACAAAACCUCAUCAAAAAAAAAAAAGGAAGAACACAAAAGUUUCUAAAGGAUUUUAAGAUAUCAAACAAGCUAGAAAUUAAAUGGAAGGUUUGAUUCCAUUUUUGUACAAAGCCAUCGUUAUGUAUAGAAGAGAAGGAAGCUUUUCGUCGGUUUUGCUUAGCGAUCAUCACUCUCCUUCUAACUCCGGUUAUUACAUGAAACUUCCCGGCGACUCCUCCGGUAGGUUUCGAACGUCCGAUCGUCGGAGGUUUGGGACGGACCGUCUUGGGUUGCUUGAAACGACGCAGUUGUCGCCGUCUCGUGUUUCCAAAAUGAACAUCAACAAACGUACGUAAGGAAUGAUGAUCGAUAUAUAUAUAUAUAUUAUACGUAAAGAUAAGAUUGUAGUAAUUGUGUAUUAAUUAUGGUUAUAUAAAUAUGUACAGAUACGAUCCACUUUAAAUUAUUAUACUUGCUAGUAACACCUAAGUUUGGUCAAAAUCAUCGAAAUUAUGGUUAAACUGUAAAUACAAGUGUUGUAAGGAUGUCCAUAGUUCUGAUGAUGAAAAUUUAACAAAGAUGUAAUAAUCUACUGUUUUUUUUUUUUUUUGAAUUUAAGGUGGAUCGAAAUCGAUCAUGUCUGUACAAUUUGUUUAGUGGGUUUGUAAAAGUUGUGUACUUGUAAA